AUGUCGCGGGCAGCCGAAGCAGCUAUGGCUGCUAGUUACAAAAGCUUGAAGGAGGAUUUCGUAUCAAAUUUGACAGGUGGAGGAACUGGAGAAAUUAAUUUGGUUACUGCUGUCGCUCCAGUUGCAGUCAUCCUUUGGUCGGCUUUACAGAGCCGCCAGCACUUUUUCGCCCCAUACACUCCAAUUGCUUUCGCUGUCGACUUCCUCAUUAAUGUCGGAGCUAUUCUACUCGCGAUUUCUGUCUACGCGGAUAUGCCUCUCAUAUUGAAUCUCUUACUCCUUGCGCCAGUUCCAUUACUAUAUGCAACUUCAACGCAGAAGACGACACAGAAGGCUACGCAAAAGAAAUCAAGAGUGCCACAAUCAAAAGCAAAACCUUCAGACGAAUUGAAUCCUCUUCCGAAGAAGCCUUUCCUUACCAUCUAUAGAGGAGCGAUGUUGGUUAUCACUUGUAUAGCUAUACUGGCAGUCGAUUUUAGGAUUUUUCCACGGAGGUUUGCUAAGGUAGAAAACUGGGGAACAUCAUUAAUGGACAUGGGAGUAGGAUCUUUCGUAUUUUCAGGUGGUCUUGUAGGCGCCCGGUCGAUACUCAAAGAACAGAAUGCUGGCCGAACAACGAAGCUCAGCACACGCUUAUACAACUCAAUACGCCAUUCACUACCAUUGAUUGCUCUUGGGGCCAUACGUUUAUACAGUGUCAAAGGAUUGGACUAUGCGGAGCAUGUUACCGAAUACGGAGUGCACUGGAAUUUCUUCUUUACUCUUGCAUUCAUUCCUCCAUUCGUAGCGAUAUUUCAGUCCGCGUUUCAACUCAUCCCGUCAUACGCCUUGUUGGCCGUAAUCCUCGGCUCCCUGUAUCAAGUUGCACUCGAAUAUACCAGUCUAAAAGCUUUUAUACUCACAGCUCCAAGAACAGAUCUAUUUUCGAAGAACCGUGAAGGAAUCUUUAGUUUCUUUGGCUAUCUCGCAAUAUUUCUGGCUGGUCAAGCAGCGGGGAUGUUCGUAUUACCACGCAAUUCCAUGCAGAUUGGAGGUCCAGUUGCUCAGAGGAAACGCCUCUUGAUGCAAAUGGGUACAUGGUCAGGAGUGUGGAUUGCUCUCUACUUGUUUACGACGAAUUACAAAUAUGGAUUGGCAUUAAGUGUAUCACGCCGCCUUGCGAACCUUCCGUAUUUUCUAUGGGUUUCAGCUUUCAACUGCUCACAAUUGACUGCUUUUUGUUUGGUGGAAACGAUAUUCUCCCCAGCGGCUCAUAAAAGCACGGAUGCGAAGACGGAAAAGGAGAAUUAUGAACUCUUAACGAGUCGAGUCCUUGAAGCAUAUAACAGAAACGGUCUGGCCAUCUUCCUGGCUGCAAAUUUACUCACAGGACUCGUCAACCUGACCAUCCCAACUUUAUUUGUUAGCAAUCUCCAAGCUAUGGGGAUAUUACUACUUUAUGCCUCUGCCUUGACAGGACUCGCAGUAGGUUUGGAUGUAUAUGACAUCUCCAUUAAAAUGUAA